AUGUCUUACCUGUGCCUUGGUCCUAUGAGUGCGGGAAAAACGCUGCUACUAACCUGCCUGCAGAAGCCCGACACCGUCAACUUUACUUCUCAUUCCGUACCGAGCGUAGGCACAAAUCUGUACACGAUCAAAAUUCCACCCAUCGUUAUUGACGAGAAGGAUGUAAAUCAAAAGAUUCCACCACCGGGAAAACGUAAGGAACUGGUGCAGGUGCGCGAGGUUGGCGGGUGUCUUGCGCCUAUCUGGCGUGACUAUCUGGUAAGCCCGGUCGAGAAACUCAUCUACGUGGUGGAUACCUCUAAUCUGUGUCAAAUAUCAGCGGCUGGUGUGCUAUUGUACUCCAUGCUAGCUGAGCCAAGGUUGCAAAAGACAAAAUUUUUGCUCGUUCUUUCCAAAAUGGACCUGGCUUAUCGGCAGAUGCGUAACGAGGCGCUGCUCAUGCUGCAGAUGGAAAAGUUUCAGAAACAAAUUCCUCAGCACAUUACGAUCGUGCAGUUCAGUGCAAUUACGAAAGAAGGGAUCGAUGAAGUAUACGAUUGGUUGGCAAUGAAUUAA